AUGCCUUGUGGUGGUGACCCCAUCGAGAAGUGCGGCAAUGGUGGAAUACUGUCCGUCUACAAGUAUAACCCCAACAAGGUUGGAGGAACGACCCCAUCGUCGUCUUCAUCUUCGGUGCCGUCUACUCCUACGACCACUUCGACCACCAGCGUGUCCACCUCCACUACUCAAUCUCAGACCAUUUCUCUGCCUACUCCUGGAACCGUGACAAUUAGCGCUUCGAUCUCUGCCCACUCUCCCACCACGACAACCACCAGCGCGUCAACUAGCUCGUCAUCUACCUCCACCCAAGGUCCCGACUCUUCUAGGACCAGCUCGAGCUCUGCACCGAGCACUACAGCCUCCAAUACUCCUCCCGUCACUGGCACUGCUCCUCGUGGAUGGGUGUAUCGUGGUUGCUACGAAGACAAAUUGAACCCUCGCACCCUCAAUGGAAGCGGCAUGUACUACAAAGUCCCCAUGACGCCCCAAGCUUGCACGGACCACUGCGCCCAGCGAGGCUUCAUUAUUGCCGGAACAGAAUAUUCGGGCCCGGCUCGCCUUACUGUUUACACGAGGGAUAUGAGGCAACUUAAACGAGACGAUGAAGUAGAUGUGCUCGCUCGUGAUGAUGAUAUGGAUCUCGUACAGCGCAACACCAGCGACACAGGCUCAUCAAUCCAACGCUCCAAACGCCAUACUUUCGGGGCUGCGCGCUCUCACCAUCAGCGCCGCUCUGGACCUGGUCGCAAUCGUCUUUCUCAUGCCAAUGGAUUGUUCUGA